CCCUCCUAUUCUCCCUCGGUCUCCCGACACCCCAGAAGCGCAGAAGAACUCGGCCACCCAAGUCACCAACCCAGAGCGAGCACGAGCACCAAACCCAACCAGAAAGCCAGGAACCCCCUCCCAAUCGCCCCCCGGCCCCGCCCCGGCCCGCGCGCCGGCGUCCUCCUAUGCUCGCCGGCGAGGGGCGCGGCCGCCGAUGCCCAGCCCGCCGAAGGAACGCCCGUCCGGCCGCCUCGGCCGCCUCCUCGCCGCGCUCCGCCCCUCCCGCGCCGGGCCCCUCCCCGUCCAGACCGGCUUCCCCACCUCCCUCGCCGACCUCGUCGUCAAGAACCAUGGCCGCCUCAAGAAGCAGCCUUCUUCCCCGUCCUCCAAGCGCGGGAAGCGCGGCGCCGCCGCUUCGCCUUCACCGCCCCCUUCCGUUUCCCCUUCGCUCGCGACAUCCCCGCCGCCUGCCUCUCCGCCUCCGCCACCCCCGGCGGCCGCCGUCGCCGUCUCGCCGUCGGAUCGACCGAGGCCCGACCUUCCGCCGGCCCGGCGCGCGCGUGGCGGCAAAGGCGGCGGCUUUGGCCUCGGCCUGGGCUUCCUCGCGUUCAGCGGCGUGGUGUCCCUCGCGCUCCUCGUGAUCUGGAGCAAGAAGGUGGUUGCGGCCGUCACCUUGGCCUCCUUCUCGCUCUUCCUGCUCGAGUCCGUGAGGUCUUCCUUGCGCCCCCGGCUGCCGCGGCCGGCGGCGACGGAGAGGCUGCACUUUUUGGACGGCCGGGGGCGCGUCUCGCCGAUCCGGGAGGUGGACGCGGAGACGGAGCCGUCCCGGCCGAGCUGCUCGGACACCGACAGGGGAAGCGAGGUCUCCAUCCUCGCCGUGGAAGAAGACAGCGGCGCCCUCGACGAUUCAACCAGCCCAAAGGCGAAGACGAAGAAGCGUUCCUGGAAGAAGCUGAUCGCCAGCGCCAAAAAAUUGCACAAGGGCCGGAAGGGUAAGGAGGCGGAUUCCCUAGGCUCUUUCCGCAGCGACGGCGACCAAGCGGACGCCACGGUGCGCGGCAGCAAUGCCACGGCGGCGGAUCCCUCUGAUUCCCGCCGUGGCACGACCAAUCAAACGGAUGCCGCCGUGGCCAAAGAGCCGGAUUCUCUGAGGGGGUCUCGCCACAGCCAGGGGGGCAUAGAGAUAGUCGCCGCGCCGGUGGCCCUCGUCGCGGAGGAGGAAGAGCAGGAGCAGGGCAAAGCAGGAAACCGGUUCCCUGCAGCUCUGGUCCUGGUCGCCGUCGCCCUCGCCGGCCUGGUGGCCGGGAAGCUCCCUGCCGUGGCGCUCACGGUGCUCUGCUACGCCUUCCUUAGCUCGGUUCAGGGAUCGCCCUGCGGUGGCGGUUGCCCGCCGGGGAGGCGAUCCGAGGUCCCCAUGUUGUAGUAACUGUUGUAAAUUAGUGAGCAGCAAAAGAGGAGAAAAGAUACGUGUUGGUUCAGUUCAGUUAUUGCUGUUUGUGUUUGCAUCCCCCUGCUGAUUGGGUCGGAGCAACAUUAACUUAACUCAUUGCUAAA